UCCACUCUUCAACUAUAUAUAUGUGCUUAAUUACUCUCUUCUUGAGUAUUCAAAUAACAAAAUAAAUACAACUUCAUUUUCUAUAUUCUUGAUUCAUAACUUGUUCACACAACAAAGUUUGAAGUAUAAAAAAGAAUUAAUAUGGCUGCUACUGCUACUGCUACUGCUAGUGCAUUUUCGAUGAAGGGCUCGAAGGUUCGAUCAUUAGGACGGUAUAGUUCGAAGCAAAUUCGGCAGCAAAGGGGAAGGCUUUACAUAAUAUGGAGAUGUACUGUUUUACUAUUGUGUUGGAAUGAUUAAAAUUAGUAAGUAUUGAAGAGUUCUGUAUUUCAAGAAGAAUUUGGGUUUUCAACUAACACAUAAUCAAGAGAGGGAGAUGAAUAUUAAUUUGAGAAUUUUAUUGUUUGUAAUUUUAGUUGUACACAUGGGAACUUUGGGGUGUGAAAUUAUUAACACUCAAAAGUGAUGUAGUUUUUGACUUGUUACUAGGUAGGUAAAUAAAAUAAUUUUUAGGAGCUAGAUUAAACAGGAGUUUCUGCUUGAAAUGUAAAUUACAUUAAUCUAGCACUCUACCAUGUAUAAAGAUAGUGAUGAUAAUAAUAUAUUUCAAGUUGAAUUUUAUCAA